CCCAUCAGUGCCACCUAUCAAUGCCAAUCAGUGCCACCUAUCAGUGCCGCCAAUCAGUGCCACCUAUCAGUGCCAGUCAGUGUCGCCCUACAUUGUGCAUCAGUGCCGCCAAUCAGUGCCAGUCAGUGCUGCCUAACAGUGCCAGUCAGUGCUGCCUAACAGUGCCAGUCAUCAGUGCUGCCUAUCAGUGCCAUAUAUCAAUGUCAUGUAUCAGUGCUGCCUUUCAGUGCCCAUCAGUGAUACCUGUCAAUGCCCAUCAGUGC